UUCUAAUAUUGCGUGGUUGAACACCUUCAGAAUAAUAUUUACACCACACGUCUACUCUUCUCCAGCGCCAGAUAAUUCGACAUCCUCAGCGUCGACUUACGCAGCUCCAAUUAUUGCCAGGCAGAAAUUCCCCACGCGGCUAAGCUAGGCCGGCCUAGUUUGCAUUCGAUUCACCCAGCCGACUCAGACCUCACCAAGGCUUAAGCUGCACAAGCGACCUGACCUCCAGCCAAAUCCACAACUCUCCGGUGGCAACAACCAAGCCCUCGUGCCUGUUCCCUUUAUCGCGAAAAAGAGUUUCUUCACAAUGUCCGGUGAGGCUUGGCUGUACCUGUUGGCGGUGUUGAUAAACGCCGUCAACCUGUUCCUCCAGGUAUUUUUCACAAUCAUGUACAGCGAUUUGGAGUGUGAUUACAUCAAUCCUAUCGAUCUCUGCAACCGCCUGAACGCCUACAUCGUACCUGAAGCCGCUGUCCACGCCUUUUUGACCUUCUUGUUCGUCAUUAAUGGCUACUGGCUCGCUAUCAUUCUCAACCUCCCGUUGCUUGCCUACAAUGGAAAGAAGAUCUUCGACAACCAGCACCUUCUAGAUGCUACCGAGAUCUUCCGGAAAUUGAAUGUUCACAAGAAGGAGUCUUUCAUCAAACUUGGUUUCCACCUUUUGAUGUUCUUCUUCUAUCUCUACAGCAUGAUCGUCGCACUGAUUCGCGACGAGACCCACUAAAUCCGUAGCAAGUGACCAUGCUAUUCACGUAUGACCUUUUAUCCGAGAUUCUAUGCGAGGAAGUCAUACGAAGUGGAGAACGAGCAUUCCCAGAAGUUUGCCACUGGAGGAGAGAGUAGGCCCUUUGGAGUACUGGUCCAGACUGGAUAACUUUUCGCUGAGAAACGGACUAUGAGUGACGACUGGAGUUUGCUACUGAUUUAAAGAAUGGUUUCGAACGAGGGUUGUUGGCUGCGACGACGAUAAAUGGCACUGGUUUUUUUACCCUUUCGACGAUCUGUGUGUGGGCAUGAUGCUCCGCAGGGGACUGUGAGGUGUGUAAAGGUUUUCUCUGUGCUUUUAAAGUUGUAUAUACCUCUUGCGCGAUUUAUCAAUCGCCCAAUCAAUAUACCUAAUUUAAGA